ACUACCUGUUGUGAUCAGGUUUCGGGGAACUCUUCAUUAAAUAUUCGUCUUCAGUGUGUUUUGAUAAUCUGUUGGAUCUUUAGCUAUAUUUUCUAAAGGUGAGUGAACUCCAAAUUAUUUCAUAUUACAUGUAAGCCUAGAGGAUCUUGGUUCAAAUUCAUCGAGCCAUGUACUGUUCGUUUCUAGAGGUCCAACAAUGGUUUCCUCUUCGCUUAUGUAACGCUUUCAAACAGCCCCUCCUACUGUGUCGUUGUAUCUGUGACAAACGUCGCUGUCCUCUUGACACAGGAGAAAGGUUUCGAUUAAAAUCUCUUAGGUUCGUCAAAUGCAACAUUCGCACAUAAAUUUAAAGGAGUAACAAAAGAUCUUUUAUUUCACAAAUUUCGAAUCCAUGUAUGUCUUCUGCAAGUACUCGAGGAUCAAUUAGUUUCAUCUUCAAACAAAAAUUUGAUGAGUCUGUAAAUGCAGAAGUCACGGAGUUUCUUGCAACUUUGGCAUUAGGAUUUGUUUAGAUCGACACGGCUAAAUGCACGAUGUAUUUUGAGACCCGCGGGCUUUGUGCAAUACAAACUGAGACGUGUUUUCUAACAUAUACUACUAGUAUCUUUAUUCAAACGAUCUCCAUUGUGUAAAGAGCAGGUACCAAGUGUUUGGGUUUGCAGGUACCACGACUAGAAAAACCAGGAGUGACAACUCUGAGAGCAGAUUUCUAUUCUAUUAGUCAACGCCAUAAUAGAAUAGAAAUGAAUUUUUUUUUUUUAAAAUCAAAGUCUCCUCUCUGAACCUUGUUCAAAAGAUCAGGGCAAAAAGACCACUGACAAAAUUCUUAGUGGAAGAUGUAUGUUAUGAAGGGACCUUACGAUAACCGCUGACCGCAUUCGAAUCCACAGAAAACACAGUUUUAUUACUCGCAGGGAAACCUGACAAAAUACCUUUUGGGAGAGGGGAGGAGGGCGGAUAAGAUUCUAAGGAAAAUGCGGUGCUGCGUCGUUGGGUGGUAUUACAAGAUGAUUGAAUUUAUCAUCUGCGUUGAUAGCGUAAACUGGCCACCGUAAAGAGUGUCUGAAGCCGAUGUUUUUAGCAGUAGUCCUUCGUCUGAGCGAAAGACGAAGAGCUAACCCUCGAAAAGUCAGGUUUAGACGCUCUCUACAGUGGCCAAUUUACAAUAACAUCUCAGUCAGUUGAUGAAACCAAACUAUGUAUGCUUAAUGUGGUCUAGCAGAAAAAACGGUGAGAAACCAAGAGAUAUGGGGUCGAUUUUGCAAUUGACUGUGGCUUGCUCCAAAAACGUUCCGUCUGAAGUGCGUCGUGGUGGCACAAAAAUGAUGGUAUUAGUGCCCUAGAACAGCGCUUCAUUAACAACGACGUGAACGGUACUUUAUAUGAUAAUUAAUCGCAAACGUACUUAGAUUCAGUAAAUGAAAAUGAGGAGUUUGUUUGACAGGUCUUCUUUAAGUACAACGACACCAUUUGCUUUUCAGUCAUGUGGGUUCUGUUCCUCGCUGUGUUUGGAGUGUUCUUGACACAGGCCUCAGCCUUAUCUGAUCCUCUUCCGUCAGCUUUAAGUAAGUGAUAAACUUCCGAUUGAGUUUCUGUUGCCUUGAAUUAUUUGCUAUGAGAGGAAUGAGGGAGGGGUGAGGGGAACGGGGGAGGGGUGAGGGGAGGGGGAAAGUGUGUCAUAAUUACCAGCUGAGGGGGAGUGUAGGACUCGUGAGAGUAGUUUCCAAUUUACUUUCGGACUGCUUCGGUUCUGCUUCACUUCGCCAUGUGAUUGGAUCUUGAAACUCACGUCAUCCUCUCAACCAAUCAGAUUCAAAACUAAAACCAAUCGCGACUUGGUCACCCACGUUUCCCGCGCAUUGAACAGUUUGUUUGUUUGUUUCUUUGCGUCCGCGUUGGCUUUUUAUAUAAAUCUCCUGUGCUUACAUUGGCUGUUCGAAAUUCUUUGGUUUUGGUUUUACAGUACCCAAUUGAAUUGUUCCUUUUCUUGCAUGCAUGCAUUUGAUCGUCAAAAUAUAGAUCUUCGAAAGUACCUUUUAAAGUUCUUUAAGGUUCUAAUGAGUAUCCUAAUUGCGCAUAUUCUCCUUCAUUAAUGGACCCAGGCACAUACGAACGCAGCUUUUUCUCGUAUUUGGGUUUCGUAAUAAUUUCCUUCCUAUGAAAUAAAUAAAAGCGAUGUCCAGAGCAAAGCAAGAGAUAAUUUCUCGAAACUUAAAUUCAGCGGGAGUAGUCCGUUAAGGCCUUCUUAGGAUUUAUUUAUAGGCAUGGAAACCCACUACCAUACUGCAAUUCUUCCUGUAGAGCAACUCAGACAAAAGGUUUCGUGUAGGUCUUUUGUAGGUACUGAAUCUUCGUCUAUACUGUAAUUAACGAAGGAUUUGUGAGAGGUUCUUCAACCAGUAACAACAGUGUAAAGGUGUUUUGGUUAAAAUCCAUCUCCUAUUCUUUGAUUUCUGGAACAGUUGAGCCAUUCUCUACAUCAAUUCGAUGUCCUUCAAGCAAACAAUUCCACUGGACACGAUCAGACACCAGCGGCUUAGACAUUGUGUUCUACUACACUUGCGGUCAAGGUAAUAUUUAUCAAUAUUGUUAACUGGGGAUUCGAAUAUAGCGGAGACUUAAUGAUUGGUGCGCUGGAAUGACGCGCAGAUGGCUCCGGAUUUGAUCUUUGGGUGAUUGUUAUUUUUGUGUUGGUGAUAAAACACACUUAUCCCACGAAAUGCAUCCCUCUAUUCAGGAGAAUUUGUGAGAACCAGAAAAAAACUGUCAGAGAAUGCUGCGAAGGGCCAGCAAAUCGUCGGCUAGGUGAAGUAAUAAUAGUCUUGGUCCUUUCAUGACACGGAAAUUGAGUAACGUCUGACAGAUUUGCAGCAGAAUAGAUGGCAUUUUAUGUUUAAUAAGAUUAUUUUUCCAAAUACUUAGGAAGGGAAAUCCUCCCCUGCUGAGGAUGCACAUGUCUUUUAGGAAAGUGUUUUUGGUCUUGAGUGGAGAAUAUCUCAAGGUAAUUUUCACACGAGCUGCUAUUGGACGACGCUAUUUUUUUCUCAACAGAUCAAGAAAUGUCCCAAACCUUGCAUUGCACUAAUGGCUAUAAGGCUCAAUACAGGAAAGACCUCAUCCCAGACGCCAUGAAAAAAGCCGCCAUCCCAAUGGCCAUGAAAAAAGGUUUCAUCACCGGACUAGACCAGGAACCUUCUUUUGGGCUUUUUGCUACGGGGCCCGAUUUUAACACUAAAAAUGGAGCCGUGGUGGUCUUCGCAUGCCUUAACCCAAAGUAAGAAUUAAGUUAAAAGAUUCCCACGUGGGCGUAAUUCAAGAAGUUUUGAUCAUUUGUCAAAAUUAUAUUUUGUUGUUUCAGAACUACGAAGUAACCACAUUUCAUGCAAUGAUAGCUAUGAAGUAACUAAACGUUAAAACCUUCUCUUCUCUGUUUUAGCAAAUAAACCGUGCUGUCGUGCGAGACAUCUACUGAGCAUGCUUGGCUAUGGUUAACAAUUCAAGUGAUCUAAAAGUCAUAUGUUACAGUCUCCGACGUAGAAAUGUUCUCCAUUAUUUUCUUAGCAGAUAUUCUACAAAUAAGUAUAAAUAAACAUUAUUGUAUCAUCCUCGGAUCGAACUCAAGGCCCCGGUUGUAUAGGUGAGCAUGUUUACUGCUCGUGCUUUAUGAAUAAAAGGAAUCAAAUCAGGUGUAGAG